CAGCUGAACAUGAAUUAUCUGUAUUACGUUCACGUUUAGCUGUUAAUGAAGGUGUUACAGCUGUAACAGGUUCAAUCCUUGAAUCACUUAAAGGACAAUUUGAACGACGUGAUAAAGUUGAUAUCGCAACAUCACCACUUGAUAUAUAUAAACAUAGUUUAUUUUAUCAAUCAUUAUCUAGUCAAACAUCACCAAUGAUUGAAACAUUACCUGAUAUACCUGAAUCAGUUGAAAUACAUUAUGAUGCUCAAACAGUUAGAAGUCCAUAUUUACUUGUUAAAACAAAAAAUACAUUUUGGAUAGCUCAACCAAUAGCAACAGCUGAAGCACAAACACAUUUACAAAAAUUUUCAUCACCUGUUAUGAAACGUGCCACAGUUAAAUUACCGAAAACAUUUGAUCAAAAAUUUUUAUCCGAUAGUGACAAUGAAGAUGAACAAAUAACAACAAAUAAAUUAAUUAAACAACAAUCAUUUGAUGAAGAAAAACCAUUAACAAUUGAAAAUGUUGAACGUUUAGAAAAAGGACAUAUACAAAAAUUUAUAAAAAAUAAUGAAAAUAAUUGGUCAACAGAAGUAUUAGCACCAUCAGUUGCAGACGAAUCAACAAAUCUUCAACAACAACAAUCAGAUAAUACAGUAAAUAAUAAUCAAAUCUCUCCGGAAGAUGAACGUUCAUUUCCUGAUUUAAAAGAACAAAUAUCUGAAAUGAAGACAAUUCGUUCAUCAUCAAUUAUACAAAUUGAAGAUCAAAUGGAACAAUUUGAUGAUAAAAUUGAUGAAAUUUAUUCAAUUAUUGAUUAUUUAAAAAAUAAUAAAUUAACAUCAACAAAUUUUAAUAAUAUACAAACAAAAAUUCAUGAUUUAAAAUUAAUUAUGUCUGAUGUACAAUUAAAUAAAACGGAUGAAUUACGUAUUGAAUAUGAAUUAGAUGAAUUAGAAAAUUUAUAUCGUACAAUCAAUGAAAAUUUAAAUAAUAAUAAUAUUCAUCAAAAAGAAGAAGAUUAUAGUUUAAUUGAAUUAUUUGAACAAAAUGUUAAUGAAUUACGUCGGAUUAUAAAUGAUAUUAAAUCAACAUCAUUACAAACAAAUUUAACAUCAAAUGAUUUACAAAUAAUCAAUGAAAAUAUACAUCAACAAGAAUCUAAAUUAUUAGCUGAACAUGAUUGGACACCGGAACAAAUGGCGGAAUAUUUUCAACGUUCACCAGAUGGAGAAUUAUUAACAUCAUCACGACAAUUACAUUCUCAUCUUAUACCUGAAGAUCCAGUUAUAACACGUGAAGUCUUUUUUGAAGGUGAUAAAUCAUCUCAUCAAGAAAAAAAACCUUCAAUUACACACGUGACACAUUUAAUACCAGAAGAUGCUCGAAUAAGUGCUGAGAACUUUUAUGAAGGUGAUAUGAAUCGUUCAUUAUUUCAAAAAGAAACAGUUUCACAUGAACCACCACCACCACCACUUAUACCUGAAAGUCCACUUGUAUCAAGUGAUGUCUUUUAUGAAGGUGAUCCACAACGUUCAAUGUUUAUCGAACGUCCAUCAUUAUCACAUACUGAAUCAACAGCAGCAGAAUCAUCAUCAAUUAAUAAUCUUCGAGAUAUUAUGAGUGAUUUAAUGCUUGCUGCUUCAUGGUCGAAAAAACCAACAAUAAUUGAUGAACAAACACCAAAAGAUACGGAAGAAAUUCUUGCUGAAUCAUUUAUAACAACUGAACAAAAUUAUCCAACAUCAUCACUAUGUGAAAUUCUACAUGAAAUUGAAAAUUUUCCAUUAACUUCAAAUAAAAGAUUAUCACAUCCAGUAGUACAAAUUGAAGAACGUGAUACAAUAUCACCAUUUAGUACAGCAUCACCAACUAUUAUACAUCGAAAUAUAUUAACUCGACAAGAAACUGAUCGAUGGGCACAAGAUGAAUUACUUACGAGUGAAGAACAAAAUACUGAUGAUUGGACGAAUUCAUCAAAUCAAAGAAAAGAAAUUUAUGGAGAACAAUAUCGACCGGAAAGAAAAUUUAGUGAUGAAUUAUCUGAAACAACUAAGCAACAAUUAAUUGCCAAUGACAUUGAAUCAAAAGAAACUGUUCAACAACGUGAUGAAGAUGAACAAUAUCAUAUUGAACGUACAUGGAGUACAGAUAAGAUAUAUGAACCAUCAGUAAAUACUUCAGAUGAAGUUAUUAUUCAAUCAUCUUAUGAUGAUAAACAUGAGGAAGAAGAUCAACAUUCGAAUCAAUUUUAUAUUCAAGCACCUCAACAAGUCGGAACAGAUCAAUAUCAACUUCAACAAAGAUUAAUUACUGAUGAGAAUAUUAUGAAACCAUCGGAUAAAAAUGAAGAUGAACACAAACUCGAACGACAGGAUAGUGCUGAAGAGAUUAAUUUACAGUCACAAUACGAGAAUGAACAUGAAGAAGUUGAAGAACAGUAUCAACCUGAACGAAAAGUUAGUGCAGAUCAAGCCAUUCUUGAAACUUCUCAAAGAAUCGAAUCAGAUCAAUCUGAACCAUCUUCUCCAUCACAAGAACAACUUCCAAUAGGAUUAACUCAUCAAAUUCAAGAAGAAAAAUCCGAUGCUGAAGAAGAAAGCAAGUCUCCAAGAAAAUUAAGUACUGAACAAAUCGUUCCAGAACCUUCACAACUCAGUGGACAUCAAGUCAUGAUUGAAUCUUCUCCGAUAAUUGAACAUAAAGACUAUGAUUAUGAACAAUAUUCUGGUGACAAACAAACUGUGAUUAAAUCGGAUGAAGACGUUGAAGAAGAACAUAAGCUAGAACAAAGCUUCACUUUUGAAAAGAGCGAUGUUCGAUCUCAGCAACUCUCUGAACAUGAAGAUGAUGAUCAACCUCAACGAAAACUAAGUUCAACAAGAAUUAGCAAUGCAUCUAUUCCUGUUAGUGAACAUGAAGAAGACAAAGAACAGUAUCAAUCAGAACCAUCUUCUCCAUUGCACGAACAACUUUCAACAGGAUUAACUCAUCAAGUUCGAGAAGAAAAAUCCGAUGCAGAAGAAGAAAGCAAAUCUCCAAGAAAGUUAAGCACUGAUCAUGAAGAACAACACUAUCCAUUAGAACGAAAACUAAGUGUUGAUGAAAUUGUUACUGAGUCUUCUCCAGUCAUCGAACAUAGAAUCAGUUCCGGAACAGCUUCUAUUGAUGAAAAGCACCAAAUUGAACGAACACCCAGUUCAGAAAAAAUCAGCAUUGCAUCUCUACCAGCUAGUGAACGUGAAGAACUAGAACUAGAAGAACAUGAAAACCAUACAAUCAAACGACAAUCCAGUAUUGAUCGUGAGGACGAAGAGGUACUAGAUCAGAAUCAACAAAAGAUCAUUACUGAAACUCAACCGGAUGUUGAAAUACCAGAACAAGUUACUCAUACGCCAGAACGAAAACUCAGUACUGAUCAAGUUUCAGUUAAAACUUCUCCAACAAUUGAACAUCAAGCAUUUCAAGAUGAACACUUUUCAACUUAUAAAGAAAUUGUAAUACCAUCUGAUGAAGAAAUUCACGAAGAACAUCAACUAGACAAGAGUUUCACAUCUGAAAAAAGUGACGAGCAGUCUCCACGAAUUAGAGAACAUGAAGAUAGUCGACAAGCUUUUGAACGAAUUAUUAGCUCAGAAGAAGCUUUUGUUGAACAAAAACCUGAAGAAGAACGAAAAUUUAGCUCUGGAAAAAUCAGCAUUGCAUCGCUUCCAGUUAGUGAACAUGAACAUGAAGAACAUAAAUUAGAACGAAGUUAUGGUUCUGACAAGAUUGAUCUUGAAUCUCCUAAAUUCAAUGAACGUGAAUUUAAACAAGAUCAAUUUGAAGAUCUAACCAACUACAGAACAGCUCUCGUCGAUGAAAAACAUGAUUCUGAACGAAGACUUAGCUCCGGAAAAAUUAACAUUGCAUCUCUUCCACUUACUGAACACGAAGAACAUGAAACUCAACAGCAUCCACACGAAGAUGAACAUGAGCAAAGACCAAGCUCUCGAGCAAUAUCAAUCACAUCUCAUGAAGAAAUUGAACCAGAAGAUACACAUAAACUAACACCAAAAUCAAGUAUCGGUCAACUCAGUACUCACUCAGCACAACUCAGUGAACAUGAAGUUGAACAAGAAACACGUUCUACACCAGAACGACAACUCAGUACCGGUCGACUCUCAACUGAAUCUUCUCCAACGAUUGAACAUAAAGAUUAUCAACAUGGACACUUGCCAACUCACGAAGAAACUCUAGUCAAAUCCCAUGAAGAAACCAAACAGGAAACACCUGAAAAAGAAGAAGAACAUGUAUUAGAACAAAGUUUUGUUUCAGAAAAGAGCAAUGUUGAAUCUUCUCAUAUGAGUGAACAUGAAGAUGAUGAACAUCACAUCAUCAGCUCGAAACAGGCUUCCAUCGUACAAACACCUGAACAAGAACGAAGACUCAGCUCUA